UUUGUACACAUAUCCUAGAAAGAUGUUCGUACGCUCUAUUUAUUCAUAAACAAAUAACUACACAGACAACACUAAUAAUACUACACAAAAUAAAAUAAAAAAUAUAACAUUUUUCACCCAUACUCAUACAUUACAUAACUAAACUUAAGUACAAUGGCGGGACGAGGCGAUUUUAACCUGCUUAAGUUCGAUACAUAUUCCGCUUAUCUGCGAUCCUUCACUAAGAUUGAGGAGUAUCGAUACUUGUCAAGCAUGAAUGUGAUUAAAUCCCUUGUGAAACUUGGAUAUUGCAGUAAUGCUGUAAUAUACGAAGAGCAAGAGUUCUAUGAAGCAAAGAAACACCUGCAGGAAUUGAUCAAUCCAAAGUCCAUAGUAAGUAAGCUGUACAGUCAGUACCUUGUGGGAGAUGAUCCAGCUUUAAGAGCAUUGGCAGAGCGUGAGGAACGCAACGCGCAUAAGAAGUUAUCAACAAUAAUCUUCAUGCAAAAACGAAAGAGAACUGGCUUCGACAUAUCGGGCUAUAUUGACUAUGCGGAUAGUCUGCUCGGUUGUGCCGUUCAUAGACUUGGGGCAACCAACUGGAGGGCUGUCUUUGAAGGUCGAAAAUUGUUGUGUCCCAAUCGUAAUGACCUGAGCUUCUAUGACUGGGAAUCGGGAAACAUUCACUUUAAUAACACUGACAACUUUGAAGUUAUGCAUGUUGGCACUUCUUUAAUGUUCAAGCACAUUGGUGACCACAAGAUUAUAUCUGUGAAUCCCUCUGAUUUUCCCGACAAUGACUUUGUCAAGCGUACAUUUCUUUACUCGCCAUUGUAUGGUUAUAUAGUCUUUUAUGAUCAUAUUGUUAGGAAACCUAGCUAAAGAUAAUUAAACCGCAUAUUUAGGAUGAA